AUGAUAGAAAAAGACGAUGUAGAGAGAUAAUGAAUGAAAGAUAUACAAAAAAGUAACGAUUAUAAAGGAAAUGGAGAUGAUAAAAGUUGCUGUUCCUUUAAUUUGUGUUUAGCCUCACUCUGACCUAGGACAGAAAGGUCAGUGUGGGAAUGGGAAGGAGUGUUAAUGAGUGACCGGUUCAUUGAAUCUUCAGCCCAGUGUAUCCCGCUAUCUCUGUGAAGUGGGACAUUCAGGUCCAGUGAUCUCAGCUUUGAUCACAAACACGUGACUGUGAUUUUGCUUCUGUGUCUCAUGAAAUACACAUUUAGAGAUGUAUUAAACAUACAAUAUGUUCAUUUGUUUCCGCAGAGAUACGAUGGCUUCGUCUUCACAAUCUAUAUACUUCAGCCAGCAAGAAAUCAAUGAACUGAAUAGUUAUGAGCAGGGUGGGCUGAUCAUGUAUGCGGCACAGAUAAAGAAGAAAUUGAACAAUAUGAAAAAUGCAAAGCUCAACAUCGCUGUGACCGGAGAUGCAGGUGCAGGGAAAUCCACCUUCAUCAACGCCAUGAGGGGGCUGCGGGGCUGCGAUGAGGGUGCAGCUAAAACCGGGACCAAGGAAACCACAAUGAAGCGAACUCCAUACAAACAUCCUGACUUCCCUAAUGUUUGCUUCUGGGACCUGCCGGGAUUUGGAUCAUUAAAGUUUCCAAUGAAGGAUUACGUGAGCAAAAUGGAAUUUACGACAUACGAUUUUUUCAUAAUAAUCUCACAGAAUCGAUUCACCGAAAACGAUGCAAAUGUCGCCAAGGUGAUAAAAAACUUGAGGAAGAGGUUCUACUUCGUACGAAAUAAAAUUGACAACGACAUCCGUUCUUUACAAGGGCAGGGUAUAGUUUUUAAUAUAAAAGAUAAAUUUGAUAACGUGAAACAAGACCUAAGUCACGAUUUGAUGGGAGCGGGGAUUGCAGAACCCAUUGUUUUCCUGAUAUCAAGCUUUAGUGUACAUGAGUUUGAUUUUCCUAGGUUAAAGGGACAGCUUAUUAAUAGUCUCGAUGGAAUAAAAAAAGAUGCUUUAUUAAUGUCACUUCGAAGCACAACAGUGAAGAUUGUGGAGCAGAAACGAGCCCAGUUGAAGAAACAUAUCUGGAUGUUGGCAACAGCCUCAGCAGCUGUGGGAGCGCUGCCUGUUCCCGGAUUGUCCUUCGCUGUUGACCUCGGGUUAAUAGGCACUACAAUAAUAGAUUUCCGCAAAAUCUUCGGCCUGGAUGAUGCCUCCCUUCAGAGACUGGCCAAUGUCGCAAAUACACCUGUGGGAAAUCUGAAAGCAGUAGUGAGAACCCCUCUGGUGGGUGAAAUAAAUGAGGAGUUUGUGAAACAAAUGUUGGUGCGAUCCAGUUUUGCUGCCGUUUCAGUGGUGGAAAUAUACCUUGACUUUAUACCAAUCAUUGGCUCCAUUUUCGGGGCAGUGUCGUCAUUUGGAAUGACUUACAAGCUGCUGACCAACAUACUGGAUGAACUUGUGGAGAAUGCCCACAGAGUGAUGAAAGUUGCAUUUCCCACUGACCCUGGUCAUCCAUAAUAAAGAAUCCGCUACUGAGUUGCUGCAAGUCAUCACGGAUACGGGAAUGGAAAAUAAAUAUCAUCUUUCACAUCUUCAUUAAAUUCCAAAUUAUUUUACAGCUGAUGAAUUAUUUUAAAACGCUGUUGUCACUGCUGUAAUCUUCACAACCAAUUCACUACAAACACCUUAACCGCACCAACCCGCCGGAGAACUUGUCUUAUUUGAAAACGGACCCCACCUGAAAUGUCUCCGAUGCAUGUUCUGUAAAGAUGCUGCUUGACCCGCUGAGUUACUCCAGCAUUUUAAACAAUUGACAAUAGCCAAUAGAUGAUAGGUGCAGGAGUAGGCCAUUCGGCCCUUCGAGCUAGCACCGCCAUUCAAUGUGAUCAUGGCUGAUCAUCCACAACCAGUAACCCGUUCCUGCCUUCUCCCCAUAUCCCCUGACUCCGCUAUUUUUAAGAGCCUUAUCUAGCUCUCUCUUGAAAGCAUCCAGCCAAACGGCCUUCAUCGUCCUCUGAGGCAGAGAAUUCCGCAGACUCAUGUGAGAUAAAGUGUUUCCACAUCUCCGUUCUAAAUGGCUUACUGUGGCCCCUGUUUCUGGACUCCCCCAACAUCGGGAACAUGUUUCCUGCCUCUAGCGUGUCCAAACCCUUAACAAUCUUAUAUGUUUCAAUAAGAUACCCUCUCAUCCUUCUAAACUCCAGAGUGUACACGCCCAGCUGCUCCAUUCUCUCAGCAUAUGACAGUCACGCCAUCCCGGGAAUUAACCUUGCAAACCUACGCUGCACUCCCUCAAUAGCACGAAUGUCCUUCUUCAAAUUAGGGGACCAAAACUGCACACAAUACUCCAGAUGUGGUCUCACUAGAGCUCUGUACAACUGCAGAAAGUCCUCUUUGCUCCUAUAUUCAAUUCCUCUCGUUAUAAAGGCCAACAUGCCAUUCGCUUUCUUCACUGCCUGCUGUACCUGCAUGCUUACUUUCAUAGACUGAUGAACAAGGACCCCCAGAUCCCGUUGUACUUCCCUUUUCCCAACUUGACGCCUUUUAGGUAGUAAUCUGCCUUCCUGUUUUUGCUACCAAAGUGGAUAACCUCACAUUUAUCCGCAUUAAACUUCAUCUGCCAUGCAUCUGCCCACUCCCCCAACCUGUCCAAAUCACCCUGCAUUCUCAUAGCAUCCUGCUCACAGUUCACACUGCCACCCAGCUUUGUGUCAUCUGCAAAUUUGCUAAUGUUACUUUGAAUCCCUUCAUCCAAAUCAUUGAUGUAUAUUGUAAAUAGCUGCGGUCCCAGCACCGAGCCUUGCGGUACUUCACUAGUCACUGCCUGCCAUUCUGAAAGGGACCCGUUAAUCCCUACUCUUUGUUUCCUGUCUGCCAACCACUUCUCUAUCCACGUCAGCACUCUACCCCCAAUACUAUGUACCCUACUUUUGCCCAACUAAUCUCCCAAGUGGGACUUUAUCAAAUGCUUUCUCAAAGUCCAGGUACACUACAUCCACUGGCUCUCCCUUGUUCAUUUUCCCAGUUACAUCUUCAAAAAAAUCCAGAAGAUUAGUCAAGCAUGAUUUCCCCUGCGUAAAUCCAUGUUGACUCGGACCGAUCCUGUUACUGCUAUCCAAAUGUGCGGCUAUCUCGUCUUUUAUAAUUGACUCCAUCAUCUUCCCCACCAUCGAUGUCAGGCUAACUGGUCUAUAAUCCCCUGUUUUCUCUCUCCCGCCUUUCUUUAAAAAGUGGGAUAACAUUAGCUAUCCUCCAAUCCACAGGAACUGAUCCUGGGUCUAUAGAACAUUGGAAAAAUAUCACCAAUGGAUCCACGAUUUCUAGAGCCACUUCCGUAAGUACCCUGGGAUGCAGACCAUCAGGCCCUGGGGAUUUAUCAACCUUCAGUCCCAUCAGUCUAUCCAACACCAUUUCCUGCCUAAUGUGGAUUUCCUUCAGUUCCUCCGUCACCCCAGAUCCUCUGGCCACUACUAUAUCAGGAAGAUUGUUUGUGUCCUCCUUAGUGAAGACAGAUCCAAAGUACCUGUUCAACUCAUCUUCCAUUUCCUUGUUCCCCAUAAUAAAUUCACCUUUUUCGGUCUUCAAGGGUCCAACUUUGGUCGUAACUAAUUUUUUCCUCUUCACAUACCUAAAGAAGCUUUUACUAUCCUGCUUUAUAUUCUUGGCUGGCUUACCUACAUACCUCAUCUUUUCUCCUCGUAUUGUCUUUUUGGUUAUCUUGUGUUGUUCUUCAAACAUUACCCAAUCCUCUUACUGCCUGCUCAUCUUUGCUAUGUUGUACUUGUUCGUACUGUCCCUGAUGUCCCUUGUCAGCCACGGCCGCCCCUUACUCCCCUUGGAAUCUUUCUUCCUCCUAGGAAUGAACUGAUCCUGCACCUAGAAUGGUAUUAUUCCUAGAAACACCUGCCAUUGUUGUUCCACUGUCAUCCCUGCUAGUGUAUCUUUCCAGUCAACUUUGGCCAGCUCCGCCCUCAUGGCCCCAUAGUCCCCUUUAUUCAACUGUAACACUGACACACCCGAUCUACUCUUCUCCCCCUUUUAUCCUUUACAAUUCCUUAGUUCUAUCCAUACUGACUCCACCUCCACAUCUCCUGUUUCAAUGUCUCCCCUUGCAAGUGACUGAAUUUCAUUCCUCACCGCCAGGGCAACUCCACCCCCUCUGCCCACCUGUCUGUCUUUUCGAUAAGAGGUAUACCCUUGAAUAUUCAGUUCCCAGCCCUGGCCCUCUUGCAGCGAACGUGUGGACAGACGGACGAAAGCAACGAACAUAGAGCGGCAUUGGUGACAUUUCGGGUCGAGACUCUUCAGACUGACAGUCAAUGGAAAGGUAACUGGGAGAUAUCGGCAUAUCGGCAUGGUUUGAGUCCCUCUUUCUCCUGACUCGGUCUGAAGACCAGUCUCGACCCGAAAUGUCACCUAUUCCUUUUGUCCAGAAAUGCCACCCGACCCGCUGCAUUUUUGUCUAUCCUUUAAUCUCUCAGCUUUGCUUUGAAGUAAUCUACUCUCGGCUCAGGUAGACCUACCCCGGGUGGAGGGGGGAGAGAGAGUAGAGAGGUAGA